UCAAAAUGGCAGCGUAGUAAAAUGUGUAUUGAUAAGUUCAGUGUAAGCGAUCUAAAAAUGGCUAGCGAGAGUAUCGAAAAUAAGUCUAUUGUUCAAAUUCGAAGAAAUAUUAUCAAAAAGUGUUUGUGUAGUGGUGAUAUUUUGUGUACGAAAUUGAGAUAUCAAAGCCAAGGACAUUGUAGGGCGAAAAAACAUAUUUCUAUGCAUUUUAGACACAACAAUAAAAGGACUGUCACGUGGUUUUGCAUAGUUUGAAGUGAAUUUACAAACAAAACCCAAAAUGUGGAACAUACCGAGAUCGAUUGGUCAAAUGGGACCAGUUAUGGUGCCCCUGAAAACCCACAAGCGAGAUUUCGCCUCCAUCAAUCUCACCAACGUAGCCAUAGCGCCCGGGAAAUCAUUCAGGAAUCCAAAUUUCGUAAAUAAACACCCCAGCGUGCAUUGCUGUUACAGUGCUACCCCAAUAUCCAUACCUGUUCAUAAAGUUUGUCAAAAUUCCGAUUCUGACACAUCUGGAACUGUCACAAAUUCUAGUCCUAAUAAUCUCGUGGAUAAAUCCGCAAAAGAAAUUUAUUGUGAAGAAAGCCCUGUUAGGAAAUCUCCAGUCGGAGGCAGCCCGGUUUGUUCGGGGCGCAAAAGGUGCAAAAAGCUCCGCAAAAGCCGCAAAAAGAAAGCAUCGAAUAAGAAUUCAAAACAGAACAAUUCUAGGAGACAAAUCAACGAUAUGAUGGAAAUUGAUUUGGAACCGGACGUUUCAAUGAACGGUUGUGAAGGGAAUAUAUCAAUUUCCCCCAAAACCCUUCAUUUGACCGACUUCAUAGUCGAUAUACCCACCAAAAUGAAUGAUGAAGUAUUCACAUUUAUAUCCAUAUCGCCUCCGAGUAACAACAGGAGCUUCCCGAGGGAACGGGAGCUGUCCGUUUGUGAAUCGGAGGAUAGUUUUAUAGUUUUUGAUAGUGGGACUGAUGAGGAGCUCAAAUUUUCUGAUUCAGACAUUGCGGAAUUGGACACUGACGACGACGAUGAUGAAUCCGAUUCGGACAUUGAUGAUGAUUUUGAUUCGUCUUUUUCAGUUUUGCCGUGUAAAAGGGUACGAUUCGCUGAAAAAGAAGAUCUCUGCGAGGUCCACCCCAUGGUCCAAUGGUCGUACGCUUAUCGAAACGCGAGAAAAGGACCUUGGGAGGAGUACGCCAGAGAUAGAGAACGAUUUUCUAAAAGAAUUAAACACACUGAAAAAAUUCUAGGUCCGAUUUUCGAUCAACGGCAUAGAGACAAUGUGUACAGAGAAAGAUUUAACGAUAAUGUUUAAUAUAAUCAUUACUUAUUAGGGGUUAUUUAUGCGAUUUAUUUUUCAAUGCAAAAAAACAAGAGAUUCGGUUUGGAUUGUGACAGAAAUUGGGUAUGAAUCUAGAUGACAAAAGUAUCUACAAUUUAGGAGCUGUUUGUAAAUAUAUUCAACUCAAAUUUGCUGUUACUAUUUUUACUAUUUAACUGGGAGACUAUUUUCAAAUGUGAGAGAAAUUAAUGCUUUAUCAAGAAGCUCCAAAAAGUAGUCAGUGGCUUUCAAAAUACUAUUUCUAUAGAUUGAUCAAUUAUCUAUUUCUACUCUGAAAAAAAGUCCCCUAGUGCCUAGUUAUGUUAAAUCGAACGCAUUGAUCUACAGAGUGUUUAAAGAUAAAUGCGAUAAAAGUAAUUUAAACCAUUUUGUUUUUGCAAUUAAAAUUAAUUGAAAAGAAUCCGCUACUUUUAAACACUCUGUAUAUAUUUUAAUCGCCAUUUCCAAUUAUUUGAUUUGCGGUAUGACAAAUAUGUGCCACUGAAAUCGUUUUAGAUUUAUUUUAAAUAAUCGCCACAAUUUUUUAUUAAUUUUUUUUUUUAGAUUUCUGACUUUAAAAUUACAGUUGAUGUGAUUUUGUGGCAUUACAAAUGAUGAUGGAAAGUAUUUUAUCAAUUUUAUUACAAUUUUUUUUUCGUCAUCAUCCAUUAACCAUAAAAAUAUUUGAAGUACUGCAAACCUUUCUUCGGGCUGUGAUGUAAUUACAAAAAUUAGCAUAAAAAUAUUUUCACAUCGCUUCAAUAUAAUCUUGAUACUGUUUUUUCUGAACUGUGAUAUUUUAUUUGACAUUGUCUAACGAGAUCUGAAUUUUUUAAGUCAUCACCUUUCACCUUUUUCUUUAAAUACCGAUUUGCUGAUUAUGAUUGUGAGAUAAUGGUUGGGGUUAUGAUUGUGGGCGGUGUUAUAAUUGUGAGAUAAUGGGUGGGGUUAGGAUUGUGGGCGGAAUUAUG